AUGUGGAGGCUCUCCGUCGGGAUCAUCGCCCUGCUCGCAUCAACGGCCUCAUGCUGGCCCUACGACGAAGCCCUCGUCGACUACAACAUCAACGAGAACAAGACAGCAACAAAUCCUGCUGAAUACUGGGGAACAUGGCCGGACCAUGAGGGGGAAUACUUCCCGUCCCCAGACAACUGGCGGUUUCCGUUCUACACACUGUUCAUGGACCGGUUUGUCAACGGCGACCCAACGAAUGAUAAUAUUAAUGGCAGCCAGUUUGAGCAUGAUCUCAGCUCGAACCAGAUGCGCCACGGUGGCGAUGUUGCGGGUCUGCUCGACACUUUGGACUAUCUCCAGGGAAUGGGCAUCAAGGGUCUGUAUCUUGCUGGUACGAUCUUGAUGAACCAGCCCUGGGGGUCUGAUGGGUAUUCAGCGCUUGACACGACUCUGCUGGAUCAGCAUUUUGGGACUAUUGCUGUAUGGCGUAAUGCUAUCACUGAAAUCCACAAGCGUGGAAUGUAUGUCGUAUUCGACAAUACAAUCGCUACUAUGGGUGACCUUAUCGGAUUCGAAGGGCACCUUAACUCAACGACGCCGUUCUCCGAGAAAGAGCAUAACGCAGUGUGGAAAUCAGACCGCCGCUAUGUUGAUUUCGACAUUGGCAAUGACUAUAACCAAACCUGCGACUACCCUCGCUUCUGGUACGAAGACGGCAAGCCUGUCAAUGAGUCCCUCAUCUCCGGCCUCGUCGGGUGCUACGACAGCGACUUCGACCAGUACGGUGAUAUCGAAGCCUUCGGUGUCUGGCCUGACUGGAAACGUCAGCUCGCCAAGUUCGCGUCCGUCCAGGACCGCUUGAGAGAGUGGAAUCCGUCUGUCCGAGAGCGUUUAAUUCGUCACUCGUGCAUGAUCAUUGCAUCCUUUGACAUUGACGGGUUCCGGUAUGACAAGGCCACGCAGGCUACCGUCGAUGCACUGGGGGAGAUGUCCAUGGCAUACCGCAAGUGCGCACGCGAUGUGGGCAAGACAAACUUCUUCAUUUCUGGGGAAAUUACCGGCGGUAACACGUUUGGUUCGCUCUAUCUCGGUCGAGGUCGUGAUGCCAACCAGUAUGACAAACUGAAGGAGGAGGUCGACGACCCCAAGAUGCUGACCAACGAGUCUGCACCGCAGUACUUUCUGCGUGAACCUGGACGUGAGGCUAUCGAUGGUGCAGCAUUCCACUACUCGACCUACCGCAGUAUGACGCGCUUCCUGGGCAUGGACGGCCGGCUUGAUGCUGGCUUUGACGUGCCGGUUGACUGGAUUGAAGCAUGGAAUAACAUGGCCGGCUCAAACGAUCUGAUUAAUGCCAAUACGGGCGAGUUUGAUCCUAGGCACAUGUACGGCGUCACGAAUCAGGAUGUCUUCCGUUGGCCUGCUAUUAAAUGGGGCGUUGAGAGACAGCUUCUUGGUAGCUUUAUCACAACCCUGAUGCUGCCUGGUAUCCCUCUGCUUCUCUGGGGAGAAGAGCAGGCUUUUUAUGUUCUGGAUGCAACGGCCUCGAACUAUAUCUAUGGAAGACAGUCCAUGUCUCCUGCAACGGCAUGGAGGUCCCACGGAUGCUUCGCUCUCGACUCGUCGCAAUAUUACCAGUGGCCCAUCGAGGCUGGCCGAACAGCAUGCCAUAACGAGUCUGUUGCCUACGACCACCGCGACCCUUCUCACCCGGUGCGUAAUAUCCUCAAGCACAUGUACCAGAUGCGCGAGGAGUUCCCGAUCUUGAACGACGGCUACGAGAUUGUGGAGCUGUCCAAGCAAACCGCACCCGUAUACUACCCUGGUUCGAAUGGCACAGAGACAGAGACAGGCAUGUGGUCGGUGCAACGCGGGCUUCAUCCAUUCCUGCAGGACUUUGGCUCGGCCAACAAGAACGAGUCCGUCUGGCUCGUUUACAACAAUGUGAACAGGACGAUGCCGUACAACUUCGACUGCGAUAGUGAUGAUAACAAGAACAAGACCCUCGUUGCGCCUUUCCCUUCGGGGACCCAUGUCAGGAACCUGUUCUAUCCUUACGACAACAUGACUCUCGAGGCCAGUACCUUCAAGAUGGAAUAUAAUGGCUCUACUGAGUUCAAGGGCUGCUAUCCAAAGCUUACCAUGGACCGGUAUGAGUUCCGUGCCUAUGUCCCUGAACGUCUCUGGAAAGGACCAAAGCCCAUGAUCACUAAAUUCCGUGUCGGCGACGGCAAUAAUGGCCAUGAUGCACCACUUAAGUCGACCGUCGCACCGAAUGCUGCUGAGACAGUGAAUCUCAAGCUCCAGUUCUCAGAGGCGAUGGACUGCGACGCCAUCACCCAAGCCGUAUCCUUCAACUCAUCGACGGAGGCUGGAAAGACGCCAUCCAUCGAUGAAAAUACCGUCAGCUGCAACCGGAUCGAUCCCGACUUUGGCACAAUCGAGGUUACAGGCCAGCUACCUGGUCUUUGGGAAUGGUCUGCUAAUCUGACCGGCGUGUAUAACGGAGUUCACAGAGUGACCGUCAACAAUGCCAGCAAUUCGGACAGCUCAGCAUCUACAAAUGCAGUGGACCACUUCCUGUUCCGCCUUGGACAGAUCGACAACCCCAUGGUCUUUACCUCUGCCAACUACUCGAGCAGUCUGCUGCACCAGGACGACGACGGCGGCCUCUUCAUCCAACACCACGCCGCCGGCGCCGACAAAUACCGCUACUCGACCAACUGGGGAACCACAUUCUCAGACUGGCUCUCGUACAAAGGUGGAAACGACACGAUCAAAGCACUCGACUGGUCAGGAACGAAGAAGCAAGAAUGGACGGGCCACCACGUCCGCGUCGAGUACUGGAACCGCUGGACGGGCAGCAGUGACUACGUGCAAGAAGGCGACGCCGGCUGGGACUAUAAAGUACAGCGACGCUGGCCCCAUGCUUUCUUCAACGGCCCCUACAAUCAAUACGGCUUUGAUGCGGGUCUAGACAACGAGGUCAAGCUGGAUACUGAGGACGGGUACUGGAAGUACCACUUCACGUCCGAAUGGCCGGCCGUUGGGCAGCUUAAUAUCUGGGGCAUGAACCCAGACGGACAGCCUGAUCAGAGCAAUGUUCUGGGUGAUGCUGAUGGCGAUAACGUCCUUGAUCGCAUGCCCCCGUCGUCUCUAUCAGCCACGCUGCUGAAUGUUACGGACCACCCGCCCUCGCCCUAUCUGGCGUGGAAGUUCUAUAUCAACGAUGGCACUAUGGGAUACCAGAAGAUCCCCGUUGGACACCAGAGCACGCAGAUCGCUAUGUUCGUUCUCUUCUGGAUUGUUCCCGUCUUGACCGGGUCGGCCUGUGUUUACAUAUUCAUGAAGUCGUUCUACAAAGUCAAGUUUAACCAGGUCGGUGUCUCGGAGACGCACACCAUGAUCCCACUGGCUCUGCGUCGCAAGAUCAAGCAAGUCCGUUUUGGAAAAGGACCCCAGGCCAACCCUCUGCUGCGUCUAGCGGAGAAGUCCGGCUUCAUGCAGAGCACAACUGCCCUCGGGGCUGCGGCCGAAGGAAAGCGCCGCACAGUGCUGAUCGCAACGAUGGAGUACGACAUUGAGGACUGGGCUAUCAAGAUCAAGAUCGGUGGUCUUGGUGUCAUGGCCCAGUUGAUGGGGAAGACACUGGGCCACCAGGACCUGAUCUGGGUUGUUCCCUGUGUAGGGGGUGUUGACUAUCCUGUAGACACCCCUGCUGAGCCCAUGACCGUCACCAUCCUGGGCAACGCCUACACGGUCCAAGUACAAUAUCACACCCUGAAGAACAUCACAUACGUCCUCCUCGAUGCCCCUGUCUUCCGGCAGCAGACAAAGUCCGAGCCCUACCCUGCCCGCAUGGACGACCUCGACAGCGCCGUCUAUUACUCUGCAUGGAACCAAUGUAUUGCAGAAGCCAUCAAGCGAUUCCCCAUCGACAUCUACCACAUCAACGAUUACCACGGCUCUGUCGCACCGCUUUACCUGCCUGAACCCAUACCCGCCUGUCUGUCCCUCCACAACGCCGAAUUCCAGGGUCUGUGGCCGAUGCGCACGCAAAAGGAGAAGGAGGAGGUCUGCUCUGUAUUCAACCUCGACAUCGACACCGUCCGCUCUUUCGUGCAGUUCGGCGAGGUGUUUAACCUCCUGCACGCCGGCGCCAGUUACCUCCGCGUCUACCAGCAGGGAUUCGGUGCAGUAGGUGUGUCCAAGAAAUACGGAAAGCGGUCCUACGCGCGGUAUCCUAUCUUCUGGGGUCUGCGGAAAGUCGGCAACCUGCCUAACCCUGACCCUUCUGAUGUUGGCGAGUGGACGAAGGAGUCGGUGACCAAGGACGAGGAUAUCAAGGUCGAUCCUGACUUUGAAGCCAACCGCGGCGAGCUCAAGAGACAGGCUCAGGAAUGGGCUGGUCUGGAGCAGAACCCUGAUGCGGAUCUCCUUGUGUUUGUUGGUCGUUGGUCUAUGCAGAAGGGUGUGGAUUUAAUUGCUGAUGUCAUGCCUGCGGUUCUUGAGGCGCGUCCUAACGUCCAACUCAUCUGUGUUGGUCCUGUUAUCGAUCUGUAUGGCCGAUUUGCUGCAUUGAAGUUGGACCGCAUGAUGAAGGUAUACCCUGGCCGAGUCUUUUCACGCCCAGAAUUCACUGCGCUGCCUCCGUAUAUCUUCUCUGGAGCUGAGUUUGCCCUAAUUCCAUCUCGCGAUGAGCCCUUUGGUCUUGUCGCCGUCGAGUUCGGCCGAAAGGGUGCCCUUGGUAUCGGUGCGCGCGUUGGUGGUCUGGGACAGAUGCCUGGAUGGUGGUAUACUGUCGAGUCGGUGUCAACGUCCCAUCUCCUGGUACAGUUCAAGCUCGCUAUCGACGCCGCCCUCAGUUCCAAGACGCCUACUCGCGCCAUGAUGCGUGCUAGAUCCGCUAAGCAGCGGUUCCCCGUGGCGCAGUGGGUGGAGGACCUGGAGAUCCUGCAGUCAACUGCUAUCCAGGUGCAUAAUAAAGAGGUCUCCAAGGGCCACGGCCGACCCAUGACUGCAUCUGGUCUUUCGACUCCUAGUGGAGUAAUGACACCCCCUGCCCGUCCUACCAGCCCGUUGAUGUCGCCUUCUGUCCAGCAUUCCCGGGACAGCAGCUACUCGAACCUCAACCGUCUAAGCGAUCUAAACGCAGUGCAGAAGACGGUCUACAGCCCUGAUCCCAAUGUAAACGAAGGGCCGAAGCCUUCUGGCCUUCAACGAUCCCUCUCGCUCGGUGUCCGGUCUGGUCCAGGCCAUGCAUCUCGCCGUGGACGUGGUAAUAAGCCGGCAGGGGAGAAUAUCCCUGAGACCGACGAGAACUUGCCACACACGGAUGGAGAGGAAAGCGAUACGGACUCGGUUCUGAGCUACUACGGCGAGGACGAGUAUACCCUAACCCCGGCCCAGAUUGAAGAGAGCAGACGUGCCCAAGCAGCGCAACGACCUGGUGCACGAGUAGUCUCGUUCUCAUCGCCUCGACGCAAUAGCCAGGACUCCCUGCAUCCUCGAAGUGCUGCAGUCCCUGCCCCUCUGUCACCAGGCACGCCACAGGCUGAUCAAAAUCUUCUGCCCCCUCCAAAGCCGUUUGCUGAGAACCGGAUGAGCAAUGCCUCUGUUCUAUCACUCGACUCUGUCGUUGGGAACAAGAAGGACUUUAAGCUGCAGAAGGUCGACCCCUUCUUCACCGACAGCAACGGCGAGUACUACAAGGACUUUGAGCGCCGCCUGGAGGCGCUGAACGGAUCGAACUCGGAAUCGCAGUUCUGUAUCGAGGAGUUCCUCAUCAAGUCAGAGCGCAAGUGGUUUGACAAGUUCCGUGAUGCCAGACUGGGACGUAUCAAGUCGCCUACUCCCUCAGUCUUCCGCGACAAACACAAUGCUUCGCCCCAGGAUUCGAUGUAUAUUGACGAUGCAGCUUCGCGGCACAGUGGGAAUGGUCUCAGCAGUAGCGGAUCUGACGAUGACGAGUUCCUGCUCGGCAAGGACUACGUUCCUCCGACUGGGCUGAAGAAAUGGAUGCAGAUCAAGAUCGGGGACUGGCCGGUCUACACCAUCUUCCUGGCCCUUGGUCAGAUCAUUGCGGCCAACUCGUACCAGAUCACCCUGCUCACAGGCGAGGUCGGUCAGACCGCUGAGAAGCUGUACGGCAUUGCCACGACGUAUGCCAUCACAUCGGCCUGCUGGUGGCUUGUCUUCCGGCACUUCAAGUCCAUCGUAUGUCUGUCAACGCCGUGGUUCCUGUAUGGCAUCGCGUUCCUGCUCAUCGGGUCAGCGCACUGGGAAACCGACGAGUUCACACGCGGCUGGAUCCAGAAUGUCGGCAGUGGAUUCUACGCUGCUGCCUCGUCCAGCGGCUCGAUCUUCUUCGCAUUGAACUUUGGCGACGAGGGUGGUGCCCCCGUGAAGAAGUGGAUCUUCCGCGCGUGCGUGAUCCAGGGCAUCCAGCAGGUGUAUAUCAUUGCGCUGUGGUUCUGGGGGUCUACUCUGGCCAAGGCAUCGAGCAAUGGGCUGUUGAGCGCUGAGUCUCAGAUCUCCAAUACCUGGAAGAUGACCGCCAUCUGCUAUCCCAUCGCCAUGUUCCUGUGGGCUGUCGGGCUUCUGCUCAUCUUUGGUCUUCCCAACUAUUAUCGCCAGACACCUGGCAAGGUCCCGUCGUUCUACAAGUCGCUCUUCAGGCGCAAGAUUGUUCUGUGGAACUUUGUGGCCGUCAUCCUGCAGAACUUCUUCCUCAGUGCGCCGUACGGCCGCAACUGGAGCUUCCUCUGGACCUCGAACCACGCAAAAGCCUGGCAAAUCGUCAUCCUCUGCGUCGUCUUCUUCGGCCUCGUCUGGAUCGCCUUCCUCUACCUCGUCAGCCAAUUCUCCAAACAACACAGCUGGUUCCUCCCCGUCUUCGCCUGCGGGCUAGGUGCCCCCCGGUUUAUCCAGAUCUGGUGGGCCGUCUCAGGAAUCGGCUACUUCCUCCCCUGGGUAGCAGGCGGCUACACUGGGGGAGCCCUCGUAUCCCGAAGUCUCUGGCUCUGGCUCGGCGUGUUAGACUCCAUCCAGGGCCUAGGCUUCGGAAUCAUCCUCCUGCAAACACUAACGCGCAUGCACAUGUGCUUUACCCUGAUCGUCUCGCAGAUUAUUGGUUCCAUUGCGACGAUCUGUGCGAGGGCCUUUGGGCCGAAUAAUCUAGGCCCCGGGCCUAUCUCGCCGGAUGUUACCAAGGGGGUGGACUCGGUGGCGAAUGCCUGGUUUUGGAUUGCCCUGUUUUGCCAGUUGCUUGUUUGUGCCGGGUUCUUGCUCUUCUUCCGCAAGGAACAGCUCUCUAAGCCUUAG